CUCUGCGGGAAGCGCACUCGUGCCGGUUGGCCGGGCGAGGCGGGGGUGGCGGCGGGCUGCGUUUCCCUGGCUGAGCUGCAGGGGCGCUGUGGUUCCGGAAACCUCCAGUGUGCCUGGCCUGGCCUGAGAUCAUGGAGCCAGCGCCUCCCAGAGGCUAAGACCCGGCGCCCCGACUGCACCUGGGGCUCGGCCGCCGUCGCCACCGCCCCUUUUCUUGGGCUCUCUCAGGUUCAUUCUCACUCUCCCCCCCUCCCUCGUAUCUCUCUGUACCUCCGUCUAUUCCCAUAUUCACCCUCACUGCGGCGAUUGCAGGCUCUUCGUUUCAGGGAUGGUCUAUGCGUUUGCUGACUACACGCUGGUGGUGUUUCACAGGUGCGCUCAUUUCCCCGGAGCACGGAAUUUGCUGGCGGUUUGUCUUCGUGACCCACCUGUUGCUGUCGCCUGUGGGCCGAAGUUGACCAACUCCCCAACGGUGAUUGUGAUGGUGGGCCUCCCAGCCCGGGGUAAGACUUACAUCUCCAAGAAGCUGACUCGCUACCUCAACUGGAUAGGUGUUCCCACGAAAGUGUUCAAUGUGGGAGAGUAUCGACGUGAGGCUGUGAAGCAGUUCAGCUCUUACAACUUCUUCCGACCUGACAACGAGGAAGCCAUGAGAGUCCGAAAACAGUGUGCCUUAGCUGCCCUGAGAGACGUCAAAAGUUACCUGACGAAGGAAGGAGGCCAGAUUGCAGUUUUUGAUGCUACGAACACUACUAGAGAGAGGAGACACAUGAUCCUUCAUUUUGCCAAAGAAAAUGACUUCAAGGUAUUUUUCAUUGAGUCCAUAUGUGACGACCCUACUGUUGUGGCCUCCAACAUCAUGGAAGUUAAAAUCUCCAGCCCGGAUUACAAAGACUGCAACUCGGCAGAAGCCAUGGACGACUUCAUGAAGAGAAUCAAUUGCUAUGAAGCCAGUUACCAGCCUCUUGACCCUGAUAAAUAUGACAGGGACUUGUCGCUCAUCAAAGUGAUUGACGUUGGCCGGAGGUUCUUGGUGAACAGGGUGCAGGACCACAUCCAGAGCCGGAUCGUGUACUACCUGAUGAACAUCCACGUGCAGCCCCGCACCAUCUACCUGUGUCGGCACGGAGAGAAUGAGCACAACCUGCAGGGCAAGAUCGGGGGCGACUCGGGCCUGUCCAGCAGGGGCAAGAAGUUCGCAAAUGCCCUGAGCAAGUUCGUGGAGGAACAGAACCUGAAGGACCUCCGCGUGUGGACAAGCCAGCUGAAAAGCACCAUCCAGACUGCAGAGGCCCUACGGCUUCCCUAUGAGCAGUGGAAGGCGCUCAACGAAAUUGACGCUGGUGUGUGUGAGGAACUAACCUACGAGGAGAUCAGAGACACCUAUCCUGAGGAGUACGCACUGCGUGAACAGGACAAAUACUACUACCGAUAUCCCACAGGCGAGUCCUACCAGGACCUGGUCCAGCGCCUGGAGCCUGUGAUCAUGGAAUUAGAGCGCCAAGAGAAUGUGUUGGUCAUCUGUCACCAGGCUGUCCUACGCUGCCUGCUAGCCUACUUCCUCGACAAGAGUGCAGAGGAGAUGCCGUAUCUGAAAUGCCCCCUUCACACUGUCCUGAAACUGACACCUGUGGCGUAUGGGUGCCGUGUGGAGUCCAUCUACUUGAAUGUGGAAUCAGUGAGCACACACCGGGAGAGGUCAGAGGCUGUCAAAAUACAACACUUUGCCAGUGUAGUCAGACCUUCCUCUUACACCGAACUUGACUUUCUGUCUGUGGAGUCCGAAAAACAGGAUGCAAAGAAGGGACCUAACCCGCUCAUGAGACGCAAUAGUGUCACCCCACUAGCCAGCCCUGAGCCCACCAAAAAGCCUCGCAUCAACAGCUUUGAGGAGCAUGUGGCUUCCACUUCUGCUGCCCUGCCCAGCUGCCUGCCCCCGGAAGUGCCCGCGCAGCUGCCUGGACAAAACAUGAAGAGCCCCCGGAGCAGCAUUGACUCUUCCCAGAAGCAUUGAAGCUGAAACAUGGGUUCCGUUCCAUUUCUACAGCCUGCCUUGUGCCCACUCAUCUACCUGAGGCCAAGCGAUCCCAAGGACUUCCGGACUGGGGGACAAUGGAGGUCUGUCUGCUGGGUGAAGAGUAGCAACACUGCCUGAGAUGUUGGGGUAGCAAAGACAACUAGGAAGUUGGACAGAUCCCAGCUUCCCCAUGGCAAAGCUGCAGCCCUCCCCACCCUCUGUUCUCCUGGGACUUCCAGGGUGUCUGAUCUCACAGACCCGACUGAAGCAUGGGGAGGACUAUAGUUCUAGAGGAGGUGAGGUCAGGCCUCUCAGUGGAUGUUCACCAUGCUGUUCUGGUUUGUUUCUUUGGAUGCUGGCCUGGCAUGUUGAUAGCCGAGAGACAAGACUGGCAGAGAAUCCUGAAGUUCAGAGUGAGUUAGACCCCAGAUGCUAGAGGCUCAGGGAUGGUCAAACACUCGCCUGGCUUUUAUGCAUCUUGGCCUGGGAAGAGACCUCAAAGAUAAGGGACUUGGACAAAUGCUGCACUGGAUGUGGCCGUUCUCCUGAGGCUCACUGGUCAGCUGGGCAGUGACGUGCCCUGGUUCUUCCACACGUCCACAUGCCUUCUAGGUCUCGACUUAAGGGACACACUGGUUGCAUCGGUGUGGAAGGAAGCAUUUUGCUGAAAAAAGAACCAGGACCCCCUCUUCCCUGGGGCUCUUAGGCUUUCUGUUCUCCAGCCUUGGCCUGGAGGCAUCUGAGCAAAUCCUGUGGCUGGCUGUUUGCUGUUUUGCACUUUCUUUCCUUUCUUCUCCCUCCCUCCCUCCCUCCCUCCCUCCCUCCCUCCCUCCCUCCCUCUCUCCCUUCUUCCCUCUCUCUUUUCCUCUCUCCUUCCUUCCCUUCCUCCCUUCUUCUCUCUCUUUCUUUCCCUUCCUUCCUCCUUCCCUCCCUUCAUUUUUCUUUUUCUUUUUGGACAGAAGUGUGACCGGAAAGUCCCACUUCACUUCAGGAACCGAGAUGGCAGGGUGUUGGCCCUUGGAGGCUUGGAGCAGCUGAAUGGGAGGGAUCGGAGUGUCUGUGAGAUGGGAAAGCUCAGAGUCUUCAGCUUUGCUCAUGGUUUCCAAGAGGAAUGGUGGCCUAAGUAAGGCUUGUUCCAAGCCACUUGUUCCUAGAGCUGUCUCCGUGUUUUGGUCUAGUGUCUGUUGUAUGCCUGAUACAACCCUGCGAGGCAUCUCAAGGAGUUCCCAAGAAUAGAAAAUUGUCCUUGUCGUCUUCCUGAUGUCUGUGACGUUUUUUGCGUGGGUUGAAAGCAGUGCUGAUGUAACUACCUAUUGUUUCUGUCUGCCUGUUUGGAAACUCAGUGGGUUUUGCCCAAAUGAGCCUUUUAUAAGGAUGCCCCACAGCUGGUGCUGAAGGUCACUUUCCUUCCCACCUUCUGCCUGUGAGUCUUGGGAGCCUAUCCUCCUCAGGUACAGGUCCUGAGGUGACACAAAGACGUGCUUUGGAUGCUCCAAAGCCAUUUCGUGCUUCUCACAGCUAACCACUCAAGUUCUCAGUGCAGCCCACUACCCUUUAAAUCUGUGGUCACCAGAGAGGACUAUGUACAUAAGACGUGAACUGUUUCCUCUCAGUGACUUGGGUCUUGACAAGGAUAUCUGUAGUGCAGAUUUGUGCACAGGCAGGUAAUACUUUGGCCUGGGGUCCUGCAGCGUUGCAUUUGGCAGGUGGACAGGAUCUUAGCUGUGUAACCCAAACUAGCCUCAAGCUUCUAGCAGUCCUCCUGUCUCAGGCUCCCAAAUCCAGUAUUGGAGUCAUAAGCAUGAAUCACCAUGUCUGGUAGUGCGACUUUGCACUUGGAGGUAAUUCCUUAGGUGUCCCCUUCUGAGCACAUCUCUCUAGUUACAGAACUAACUCUUACAACAUAGAGACUCUCGAGGCUGGGACAGGUAGGGGUGGUCACCCAUGACUAACGUAAGUCAGUACAUCAAGCGAAAGCUUUGCCCGGUGUAUUUUCACUUUCUGUGAAGGGGUGGAUAAGAUUGGGCUCAGGAGAUCUUGAAGGGGGUGGAACACAGUUUGAUUUAAAACGCAGUGACUGGAUGGACGGGGUGGCGUCACUCACCGAACUUCCACACUUCCACCCAAAGCAACAAAAUAAAAUGGGGACCAAUGUUUUUUAACUUUGCGCAUUUGUUUUGGGGAUAAAUUUCUCCCGUUCCCUUCAACCAUGGGCAAUACCCUUCAUUUAUGAGAAGAAAAACUGUUGGAACCACGCCAAUGAUAUUUUCAUUUGUAAUACUUGAAAUUUAUUUUUUUAUUAUUUUGAUAGCAGAUGUGCUAUUUAUUUAUUUAAUAUGUAUAAGGGAGCCUAAAAAUAGAAAGCUGCAUAGAUUGGGUUUAAUUGUUCAUUGGUUUGGGGCCUUUCAGUGUGUGAUCAGUGACUUCUUCAUGUUCUGUGUGUAUUUGUCUCUCCAUGACCUGGGAAGAAGCUAUGCAAGCUUUUAAGCAGGAUACGCCUUUCAGAAAAAUUUGUAUAUUUUGCAGUUGCUAGAAUAAUAAAAACCGGGUUGAGAUAUGCCAACAAAACUCACUUCUGGGCCUUUUGCAGGCACAAGUGUCAGUUUUCCUUCUAAGCAGCGUGUGUGUGUGUGUGUGUGUGUGUGUGUGUGUGCACACAUAUGCACGCAUGUAAAGGUCAAAGGAAAGCUUGACAGAAGUCGGUCUCUUCCAGCCUCCAGAGACUGAACCCGGGUGGUCGGCUUGUCAGUGCCUUUACUUGAUGAGUCGGCCAUCCUGGCCGGCCACAAAGUGUCUUCAUGGCCAUUGUACCUGCCAGCUCCUUGCAGAACCACUGAUUAUUUUCCUUUAAACAGGACACAACAGAUUGUCAAGUUUGUACAUUUGGGAAAUAAAUAAAAUGUGUUAAUUUUAAAUUAA